AUGCAGUUCCAACGGAAGGAAGCAGAGGACGGCCAUCCGUAUCGGCGGGACUAUUUGCGGUGGGUGGCAGUGGUACAUGUCGCAGAAAAGGCCAUGGGAUGCAUGCCACCCUCCCUGCACCUGCACAAGCUCAACCCGCACAUCCUGGCCGACGACGGGGUUCCCAUGUUCCUGUCCACUGAGCAUGUGCCACAUCGGAUGAACUCGGCCUUUGUGGCCUGCACGGCCUGCGGCAUCGGCGGGUCAAACGCCCACGCCAUUCUCUGGGGCCGGGCGUGCGCCAGGCAAGUGAAGAUGGAGAAAGCUGUGCAGGCCGAGGAGGUGCUCUCCUUCUGGCCUGGCGGCGGAGGGGAGCUGGAUCCUGCCUGUGAGAACGUCACCAGCACGACAUUCUCCAGCAAGUGGCACAGCGUUCUGGACCUGCCUCGUGAGGACCUACAGAAGGUGCUGCUUUGCAGAUGCACUGAAGACAUCAUGCCUUUCGACAUGUGCAGCACAUUGUAG